ACGGAAGUUCAAAACAAACACUAGCUGCUCGGGGAUUGCUCGGGCAACUUUCAAUGAGUUUUACGUUAUUUGCAUUUGAGAACUAUCCAAGCCAUUAAUUAGCCUGUGUAUCCAUGGAGACGCCCGAGCCUGGCCCUGCAGAUGGAGAGGAGCGCCAGGUAGAGCUGCGACCACGAACCCGCUCCAACCCUGAAGGUGCAGAGGACCGUCGAAGCAGCACAGGGAGCCUCGGAGGCGGAGGUAAUCCUAGUUUAUCGCAACCGGCCGUGGGUAGCCGUGUCGAAGGCGAGGGCGAGGCCUCGACCAGCGACAGUCCUCCGUCUUCCGCCACCGCGACCAUCUCCACAGCCGUGGCUCAGACUGUCGUCCCUGUUGCUGCCGCCACAACCGUACAACUUGCUUUGGCUGCUGCAUCCAAAGAGAGGUCCAAGCCCACACCACAGCAGCCUGCACUGAUAGCCUCCGUCCCCCCACCAGCAGAGUACCAAAUCAGAGUUCCUCGUGUCAACUGCCCAGAGAAAGUGAUCAUCUGCUUGGACCUUUCUGAAGAGAUGUGUUUACCGAAGCUGGAGUCUUUUAAUGGCUCAAAAACAAACGCCCUGAACAUUUCCCAGAAGAUGAUUGAGAUGUUUGUCAGAACAAAGCACAAGAUUGACAAACGGCACGAGUUUGCUCUGGUGGUGGUCAAUGAUGAUGCUCUGUGGCUCUCAGGCUUCACUUCAGACCCCAGGGAGCUGUGCAGCUGUCUGUAUGACCUGGAGACCAACGUAUGUGAGACGUUUAACCUGGAAGAUCUUCUCAGUGUCAUUCGUCAAAAGAUUGAACUGCCUUCGAUGGAGAAUGUUCAAACUGUGCCACCUCCUUACGUGGUGCGGACUGUACUUAUUUACAGCCGCCAUGCUGGACAGCUCCAGCUCAACCCAUCUGAGGCUGUCAGUAAAAUGCUACAGUCUCCCUACUUUUUCUUCGACGUGGUCUACCUCCACAACGGUGCGGAAGAUCACGGGGAGGAUACAAGCUGGCGGGACAACUACACUUCUUUCUGCAACCUUGACUCAAAGGGCAUGUGCUAUCGCUUCGAGGUGUCCUUGAGUGGCCCCGCCAUCGAGCUGCACAACUGCAUGGCCAAACUUCUCGCUCACCCUCUGCAGAGACCCUUCCAGAGUCACGCGUCGUACAGCCUCCUGGAGGGAGAGGAGGUGCAGGACGUUGAGGCCACCGUCUAGAAGAGUUGUCAGGAGAUGGCAGUAUUCCUCCUGGAACUGAUGGUAGAAAUUCAAUAGUCUAGCUUGAAAAAUGACGUGUGGACGUUACGUACAUGUAAGUGCAAGCCUGCUUAAAAAAUAAAUGUUGCUUGAAAUUCUGCUUCGAGGCUCUGUCAUCCAUCUUCCGGUUCAUCGGACAGAAUGACGACCAUUUAAGUGGAUUAUCUUUAAGAAUGCUUUCUCUUAUCUACGUUUGGUGUAAAUAUUACAUUGGUGCUAAAGACGUGAUUUGUCUGCCGUCUCCUGUUACUUAUCUAAAGUAGUCGUUUUGUCUUAUCCCUCCAACACAAGGUUUCCUGUUUUGAAUCCAACGUCUGUCUCCACUUGUGAUCGUUGCUCACUUUCUGUCACUCACGGGCCUUCAUAAUUGAGGUUUGUUGGUGAGACAAUGGGGAGCAGGAAAGCUCGGGGCCCAGAAGACCUUUCCCCUUUUCCACUCUGCCCCUUCACUGUCGGCCGGUCCUCACGUCACCGCUGCAGAUAACAGCGUGCGGGAGGGCCCGCAGACUCUGGACUGCAGAGAAUUUGUUGUCCCCUCAUCCCUGCAGAAUGACAGCUCCCCAUUGUUUUCAUUCCUUCACUCCUCCGCAACCGUGACUCCUUUCCGUGCUUGCUUGGGACAGGAUAUGCUGUUUUCUUAUUUUGUUCAUCUACAGUCUGGGGAAUGUGGGGAGGCAGCAUCUCGGUAGCAAUGCAAUUAGUUACCAGAAAUGUCACUAUUUUACUCCGAGCCUUCAUUCAUUUUCAAUGAAUUUUCAAGUGUGUAUUCAGUAUUUAGAUAUACCUGUUACUAUUGGAAGGAAAAGGGUCCAGGUUUUGAAAUACAGGUGCUUACGAAACCACAUUCGUAUAAAAACAUUUUCACAACAAGAAGCUCAGUGCUUGGGACUCUGAUAGGUUGAUCCCAAGUUUGAGUACAGAACAUGGAACUGCAUACCACAGUUAUUAUUAUUAUUGCUGUUGCUGUUAAUAACAGUAAUAAUACAAUACAAUUCUGCAAAGUGAGCUGUAAUAAGCUCUAUAUGUAUGGACGGAUGAAUAACACAGUGCAAUAUAAAUUAAUUGCCAUAGAGAAAGAAUUUGAGACACCCGUGCUUCAUCUGGGUCAAAUCACAGUAAAUGCAAAAGCUGUUCAUGUUUUUAAAAGUGUGCUUACAACUUCACUUUCUGCUGUAGUUUAGUGCUAGUACUUGGAGAGGAUUUUCCUCUGUUCUAUUUUAGUACAGUAUCUAUGCUUUAUUAGUACUGUAAGAAUGCCUUUUGAAUUUAUGGUAUCAUAACCAGCAAGACGUUGAUAAUCUUACAGCUCAUCAAAUAUUACAGGUAUAUUGCAUGAACAGUGUCUGAUGAAAACAAAUACUGUGAAUUCUAUCAUUUACACUGGUAUCAGACAUUUUACAGUAUUUUGUAUUUACUUUUGUACUAUAGAUGUAACUCCUUUAUUGCAGUAUUGUGAACAAACCCAACGUAAUAAAAGCAAAAUAAGUAUCAAGUAUGCCUAUUCUUCUCCAUAUAUGUUAUUUGCUGAAUAAUGUUAAAAUAUUUCAGUGUGUUAUUUCCGACAGUGACAAUGGCCAUCUACUAUAUAUACUUAAUGUUGAUCAACAAUAUACCGGUCGAAUUCUCCAUGCACACCAAUCUAUUUUAGUAAUAUUGACUUGAAGUAUGAGUUGGUGAGGCUGC